CCGCCCCCGCCUCAGCUCCUUUAAUACACUUUGGUUCUCCGCCUGGCUUUGGACUCGUCUCUCUGUGGCUCGCUUGCUAGCUCGGCGGCUGCUGCUGCGGCUCGGUGCAGCGGGGGGAAGCCUGGUCCCUGGAUCCUGCUGCUGCCGUGUGGUGGCCGGGAAGGAAGAGGAGCAGCCGCGGGGGAGGCACCGGAGAGGAGCGGCAGGACCAUGCUGCUGGACGCCGGACCCCAGUUCCCUGCCAUUGGAGUGGGCACUUUCGCUCGGCACCAUCACUCGGCCGCCGCCGAGAUGCAGGACCGGGAGCUGAGCCUGGCGGCGCAGAACAGCUUUGUGGACUCGGCAGCCCACAUGGGGGCUUUUAAACUCAACCCCGGGGCCCACGAUCUGUCCCCUGGCCAGAGCUCGGCUUUCACCUCGCAGGCUCCCGGCUACCCGGCGGCAGCCUUGGGGCCCCAUGCCGCCCAUGUCAGCUCCUAUUCCGGGGCGCCUUUCAACUCCACCCGGGACUUCUUGUUUCGCAGCCGGGGCUUUGGGGACUCGUCUCCGGCCGGCGGCCAGCACGGGAUCUUUGGCCCUGCGGCCGGCACCCUCCAUCACCCGCACACGGACGCUCAGAGCCACAUCCUCUUCCCCGCCAUUCACGACCAGCACGGCCCCCACGCCUCCCAAAACGUCCUGAACGGGCAGAUGCGGCUGGGUUUGCCCGGGGAGGUCUUCGCCCGAUCGGAUCAAUACCGACAGGUCUCUAGCCCCAGGACUGAUCCCUAUUCGGCGGCUCAGCUGCACAACCAGUAUGGCCCCAUGAAUAUGAAUAUGGGCAUGAACAUGGCAGCUCACCACCAUCACCACCCAGGUGCCUUUUUUCGAUACAUGAGACAACAGUGCAUCAAACAAGAGCUGAUCUGCAAGUGGAUCGACCCCGAGCAGCUGAACAACCCCAAAAAGAGUUGCAAUAAAACUUUUAGCACCAUGCACGAGCUGGUCACCCAUGUCUCGGUGGAACAUGUUGGGGGACCCGAGCAGAGCAACCAUAUCUGUUAUUGGGAGGAGUGUCCCCGGGAAGGCAAACCUUUCAAAGCCAAAUACAAACUGGUCAAUCAUAUCCGAGUGCACACGGGAGAGAAGCCCUUCCCCUGUCCUUUUCCUGGCUGUGGGAAAGUUUUCGCCAGAUCAGAAAACCUAAAAAUCCACAAAAGGACACACACAGGAGAAAAGCCUUUCCAGUGUGAAUUUGAAGGCUGUGACAGACGUUUUGCCAACAGCAGCGAUAGGAAGAAGCACAUGCAUGUCCACACUUCAGAUAAGCCCUAUCUGUGCAAAAUGUGCGACAAAUCCUACACCCACCCCAGCUCUCUGCGGAAGCAUAUGAAGGUCCAUGAAUCUUCCCCUCAAGGCUCGGAAUCGUCCCCGGCUGCCAGCUCGGGCUAUGAGUCCUCCACCCCCCCCGGCCUGGUGUCCCCCAGCGCCGAGACUCAGAGCGCCACCAACCUGUCCCCGGCGGCGGCGGCGGCUGCGGCGGCGGCGGCCGCGGUGUCUGCGGUGCACAGAGGGAGCGGAGGCGGCGGCGGCGGGGGAGGCAGCGGCAGCGGAGCCGGCGGGGGCGUGGGGGCCAGCGGGAGCCACAGCGGCCUCUCCUCCAACUUCAACGAAUGGUAUGUGUAGGGGCCCUGCCGGACUGCUGGGCGAGGCCCCGCCGAGGAGGAGGAAGAAGCAGACACACCGGAAAGGUGCUGGAUCCUGUUUGGUUUGGGUUUAAUUCUUAACCAGCGAAAGGAUUAACAAUUUAAACGGCUCUAGAGCCCAGGAGAGCAAAUCCCCGCCAGAGCCUCCAAAACAAAAAAUCCGCCACAGCUAAACUCUUCUUGUCUCCCUCCCUACCACUUCCCUUGGCCCAAGACCCUCCAUCGCGACCAGCUGUGUAUAUAGAGGACUCCUCCUUCCUCCUCCAAUGUGGUAAACGAAGUUUUAUUCGAUUUUCGGUGUAUAGAAGUUCGUCCCAUUUGUAAACUACGGAUUGAUUUUCUCCCACCCUCAAAAAGUGAUGGACUUUUUUCGUUUCUUUUCCCUUUUUAGUUCAUCCAUUAAAAAAAAAAGUAACGUGGAAGAAAAUGGUUUCUUUUGUAAUUGUGAUAAUGAAUAUUGUGUUCUUUUUUAAGAGGCAAUUUGAUUGUAAACUUAAUUCAACUAUAGACUGGGGGGAAAACUGUGCCAAAGUCUCCAUUCUGUUACACACAAACCACGACCAACAACAACGCUUGUGAAUGUAUUUUUCUGUUAGCUGGGUUUACAUGUGAUGUUUUAGUGCUUUUGCAAGUUCAAUUUGUUAGUUCCUGUUUGAAAGAUUGUGAGGAAAAAUAAACGUCGUGCCGUUAGCUUUUCCGUAAUAACGCCCUUCCGUCUGUAAAUACCUGUUACCAUAUUUAUCCAUUUGUAAUUAAAUUAUGGUAUUAACUUGCUACAGAGGAAACAGUAUUUAUAAAGAAUGUUUCUUAACUAUAAAUAUGUACAAUUGUGAGCAUAAACUGUUUCAGAUUUUUUAUUUGAAGGUUUAAGUGGUUUCAUCAUUUCUUGUGGUAUGUUUUGAGAGUAAUGCAUACAGAAAUAUAAUAAAAUGUGUUGAAACUGCA